CAUCACCAUGCUAUGAUAUCACCCGACCCCCACUCAACCAGAUCUACACACACACACACACACACACACACACUACUAUUUACAUUAACAGAGACACUUUGUAUAGCAGAAGAGGAUAGCUAUUUUUUAGUCCUAUUGUGCAAGAUUUUGUAAUGGUGGAGGCACAGUCAUGGACUACCAGAAGGGGCAGCAACCCAAGACUUGAAAGUAACAAUGACCAAGUUCUUGAUAGUCCAGAAACCCCAACUGCAGAAAUCAGGCAGCAGCAAUAUGCUUUGAUCUCGCCCAAUGUUCUUACAGCAGCCAUUAUUGCAUCCUGGUAUUUCUCUAAUAUCGGAGUGCUAUUGCUCAAUAAAUACUUGUUAAGUUUUUAUGGAUACAAGUACCCAAUUUUCUUGACUAUGUUGCACAUGUUGUCUUGUGCUGCCUAUAGUUUAUUAGCCAUAAAAUUUCUCGAAAUUGUGCCGUUCCAGCAAAUAAAUAGCCGGAAGCAGUUCUUCAAGAUUCUUGCAUUGAGUGUGAUUUUCUGUUUCUCUGUUGUUUGUGGGAAUACUUCAUUGAGGUACCUUCCAGUGUCGUUUAAUCAAGCUGUUGGUGCUACUACCCCAUUUUUUACAGCCAUUUUUGCUUUUGUUAUCACUUGUAAGAAAGAGUCUGCGGAGGUUUAUUUGGCUCUGGUUCCUGUAGUUCUAGGUAUCGUUUUGGCUAGUAAUAGUGAGCCCCUGUUCCAUCUUUUUGGGUUCUUGAUGUGCAUUGGCUCGACCGCUGGCCGAGCGUUGAAAUCUGUGGUCCAGGGAUUAUUAUUGACUUCAGAAGCUGAGAAAUUGCACUCUAUGAAUCUGUUGCUGUACAUGGCUCCAAUGGCAGCAUUGGUGUUGCUGCCAUUUACUCUGUAUAUUGAAGGGAAUGUUCUGGCUGUCACAAUUAAAAAGGGGAGGGAAGAUGGAUUUAUGGUGUUUUUAUUGAUUGCGAAUGCCACAGUUGCGUAUUUGGUUAAUUUGAUGAAUUUUUUGGUCACGAAGCACACAAGUGCUUUGACACUGCAAGUUUUGGGGAACGCCAAAGCUGCGGUGGCUGCGGUUGUGUCGGUCUUGAUAUUCAGGAAUCCGGUGACUGUGAUGGGGAUGACGGGUUUUGCGGUAACAAUAAUGGGGGUGGUGCUUUACAGUGAGGCCAGAAAGAGGGCUAAAGGUACACCUCAUUGACAGCAAUUCUUGAUUUAAAUUAAUGGUGCUCACGAUAAGAUUAUACUGGUAUGCCUCCUUUUUUACCUUGAUGAAGAAGAAAUUUGUGGGCAAAAAGUUAAAGAUUUUGGAUGAUUCUCUUAUAUAGGAAGAUGGGGGUGGAAAAGGGGUUUGAGUUAAUGCUCUUUUUUCAUUUUGCUUUACUUUAUAUCAUUAUUCUUGAAUUGAGGGGUGGUUUAAGAGAAUAAAGUUGUCUCUUUUACUUCCCCUUUCUGUAAUUUGUAUGUUAUUUUGAUGAAACUGGAACAUAUAGAAACAGCUGAUUCCUUUAAUAUUGUUGAUCAUAAUUUUGUCAAAUUAGCACAUAUUAAGCA